AAAACAAAAAGAGCGUUUUUUAAUCAUUUCCCAGCCCUUUUCUCCUUCCUGUUGUCCCCAUUUCCUUCUUGCCAUUUUCUCUCUUCCCCCAAAUAGUCUUCUCCCGUUUCCGCAUCCUCCUACAAAACCCCUUUCUUAUACAACAGUGGCCUUGCUUCUCUUUCUCCUGCUCUCUUCUUCUGCCACUCCACUGCGCCCCCCCCUCAUUUGCUCCAUAGCAAAGAGCCCAUUUUAAGGAGGAGGAGGAGAAAGAAGAAGAACAAAGGCCCCUCUUUUCUAUCACCAAAACCAUCUUCCAUCCUUUAUCCAUCUAUCUGUCUAUCUAUCUAUCCAUCUAUAAACUCUCUCUUUUGGUUGAGAUGAGUCCAAGCGAUGACUGCAUGUCCUCCAUCCUCCUCUGCGCGGAGGACAACAGCAGCAUCCUGGGCUUUGAUGAUGAUGAGGAGGAUGUCCGGGUGACGGGGCCUGGCUGGGUCACACAAAAAAGGAGCGAUUUUUAUGGGGAUUCCUUGAUGAUUUUCCCCCUCCAGUCUGAUGAGUUCUUGGCUCGGUUGGUGGAGAUAGAAUCCGAGCAUCUGCCGAGGGGGGAUUACGCCGAGAGGCUGCGCUCCGGGGCCCUGGACCUGUCCAUCAGAAAAGAAGCCGUCGACUGGAUUUUGAAGGUUCAUGCCAAUUAUAGUUUUGGACCUUUGAGUGCUUAUUUGUCUGCGAAUUACUUGGAUCGAUUCCUCUCCACCUACGAGCUUCCUCAAGGCAAAGCUUGGACUACGCAAUUAUUGUCGGUGGCAUGCUUGUCAUUAGCGACCAAGAUGGAGGAAACUGAAGUUCCUCUAUUGCUGGAUUUGCAGGUUGGCGAGUCAAAAUAUGUAUUCGAGGCUAGGACUAUUCAGAGAAUGGAGCUUCUGGUGCUGAGCACCCUCAAAUGGAGGAUGCAAGCCGUGACUCCUUUCUCGUUUAUAGACUACUUCCUUUACAAGUUCAAUGAUGGUAAUUCUCCAACCAAGUUAUCGAUAUCCCGAUCCAUGGAACUCAUCUUGAGCACAAUUAGAGGGACUGAUUUCUUAGCAUUCAGACCUUCAGAAAUUGCUGCAGCUGUUGCGCUUUCGGUAUUGGGAGAAACCCAAACUGUGGAUGUUGACAAGGGUGUGUCUUCUUGCAUACACAUAGCAAAGGAGAGGGUGUUGAGAUGCUAUGAAGUGAUUCAAGAGAUUAUACUGAUGAGGAAUAUGCCACUUAAAAAUGUUAGCUCAUCAGUUUCUUCAGUGCCGCAUAGCCCAAUUGCGGUGUUAGAUGCCGCAUGCCUGAGCUAUAAGAGCGACGAUAUUACUGUUGGGUCACAUGCAACAUGUCACCAGGCUUCUCCAGCUGGCAAGAGGAGGAAAAUAAGCAGAUCUUCAAUCUCAUGAAGAUGGGGGGUUUCUAUGUGCUGCUCACCUGUUUGGGAGGUUUUGGUACUUUCAAGCAAGUUAGUCUGGUUUGGUUAGUGGGAGUUUUGGUGUGGUCAGAAAGUUACCAGCAAAAAAACAAAAAAGGAAAAAAAAAAACUUGACCAAAAAAAAGGAGGAACAAAACAAAGAUCAGAUGUUGUGGAUGAUCAGUUAAUCAUGCAGUUAAUAUGAAUGAAGCACCCACAAGCUUUCAAAUUACCAAAAAUAUAAAGCCAGAUGGGAAAACAGAGAAAAAUGAUGGAAGCAAAGAGGAAGUAGAGAGAAAUGUAUGCCAAGGAGAAGAUAGAGACCGCCAUAGAUAAACUGAGAAGUGUUUUCGUUGUUUGUUUUUCUUUUUUACUUGUGAGAAAAUUAGGAAAAAAAAUUUCCCUUUAGGGAUCAAAAGUGACCACCCAAACAGAAAAUUGACAGAAAAAGGAGGAAGUAGGUUUCCUUAAAAAUGGCAUUUAUCAUUGACAAUGUUUACAUGAUUACUUCUUCUGUUGUUGUAUUUUUGGUGUCGGCCAUCUUAUUCUUUGACUGCUUA